AUGAAUAAAUAUGAAUCGUCUGCUGUGAUUAUCUCAGCAUUAGCAUUAGCAUUAGCAUUAUUAACAUUUAGUAAACUACCCAGUAGACUGUCCAACACCACCGACGUCCAAACCGUACCUGCAUACAUACAUAAAUCUCACCCUGAAACUCUACAACUCCGAAACAAGCUGGGGUCCAAACCUUUCUCUCCUCGCCUAUGGCCUACUUCCCCAAUGCGAUCCACUCCAAUACAACCCCAGUUACCCUCUCAUUUCAUUUCAUUUCAUUUCCAUCCAACUAAAAAAAACAAAGCAAAAAAUUCCAUCUUAACCAACCCCCAAGAAACAAAGAAAAUUCUCCACCCUCGUAUACCCCCCCUUCUCCCUCGUAUCUCAGAAUACACACCCACACCGCACAUCACCAAUCGCGGGGUCCAAGAUCUAAUCUCACGGCCCCGAAAUCCCUUCUACAACCCAUUUUACGGUGCGGACCAAGAAAAAGGGGAGGGACCGAGACCGAGACCGAGAUGGUACACUUGCGAGGAGUUGGUUAUGGAAGUGUGCAGUGUGUAUCUGAGGUCAGAUGGUGGCAAGAGAUUUGGAAUAUAG